UAUCAGCAAGGUCUGGUCCGUAACGCACAGGAAACUAACAUUGGCUCUGUCUUUGGGAGAGAAGUAAUUUAUCGGAAGGAGAAGAACAUCAUUUAGUCUGCCGUGAGCUGGUAAAUUUGGCGUUGUCUGUCUUUAAAUUUACUGAAAAUUUGAGCAAAAUAUUAGCGCAUUGUAGUCGCCCAGUUUAACGUUUUUGUAAAUCCUUGUGGUGAGCUGGCUUGCUUCUGAUUUUAGCAUAACUUUAAGCUCUGAACUUGUUCUUAAGAAUAUAGUUGUGUUCACUGUUAGCUAAUCAGAUUGGAUUUUGCUGUGCGUUAUUUUUUGCACCGCAUCUAAAUUUAAGAGAGCCGGAUGUUAUAAGAGGACUGAAGUUUAUGUCUUGGUUGCUAGGCUAGCUAUAUUAGCUAGCUAGCUAACAGUAUUUUCAUGUGUGAAUUUACGUUUGUUCACUUAGCUUUAUUUUGACAGUCAUAACCAGCAGGUGGGUUCUCGCAGUAAGCUCACUGUGAAAGGGGGGUGGGGGGCCGAAGAAGAAAAAUCGAAUCAAUAUUGCUCUUAUAAUAUACAACUGCGAUUGUUUUGGAAUUUGUUGCCCUUUUGUUCAUGUUAUGGUUUUUUAUUUUUAAAACGAAGCAACGAGCCAGGCGACGCCGCUUGCCGUAGAGACGCUGUCUUUUUUCCCCUCUUCGCGUGAAUCUUGUGUUAUCUGUCACAAUGACCGUUUUUUGAGAUUGGAAAACCGUCAGGCUCGACUCCAUGCUCGCUCCGGACUCCCGCAUUGCCGCUGCCGUCGAGCUCUUUUGCUGUUGAUUCCACCUCCUUCUCAUUUUUGAUUCCCACCGAACCCUCCUGCGCCUGGUCCUGUAUCGAUUCGGUCGACCCAGGGUUGAAGAUGGCGGACCUAGAAGCAGUUCUCGCCGAUGUCAGCUAUUUGAUGGCGAUGGAGAAGAGUAAGUCUACUCCAGCGGCCCGGGCGAGUAAGAAAAUCAUCCUACCCGAACCCAGUAUUCGGAGUGUAAUGCAGAAGUACUUGGAAGAGAGAGAUGAGCUCACUUUUGACAAAAUCUUCAAUCAGAGGAUUGGGUUCCUCCUGUUCAAGGAUUUCUGUAUGAACGAGAUAGAUGAGGCAGUUCCCCAGCUGAAGUUCUACGAAGAGAUUAAAGAGUACGAGAAGCUGGAUUCAGAGGAAGAGAGGCUAAGUCGCAGCCGGCAGAUUUACGACGGCUACAUAAUGAAGGAGCUCCUGUCAUGUUCGCAUCCCUUCUCUAAGACCGCAGUGGACCAUGUCCAAUCUCACCUGGCUAAGAAACAGGUGCCUCCAUCCCUUUUUCAGCCGUACAUUGUGGAAAUCUGUGACAGUCUGCGUGGGAAGAUAUUUCAGAAGUUCAUAGAAAGCGAUAAGUUCACUCGUUUCUGCCAGUGGAAGAACGUAGAGCUAAAUAUUCACUUAACAAUGAACGAUUUUAGCGUUCAUCGGAUCAUUGGUAGAGGGGGCUUUGGAGAAGUGUACGGCUGCAGGAAGGCAGACACAGGGAAAAUGUAUGCCAUGAAGUGUUUGGAUAAGAAGCGGAUUAAGAUGAAGCAGGGUGAGACCCUGGCACUCAAUGAGAGAAUCAUGCUGUCAUUGGUCAGCACAGGGGACUGUCCGUUUAUUGUGUGCAUGACAUACGCCUUCCACACCCCCGAUAAGCUGUGUUUCAUCCUGGACUUGAUGAAUGGUGGGGAUCUUCAUUAUCAUCUCUCCCAGCAUGGAGUCUUUAGUGAGAAAGAAAUGCGCUUCUAUGCAGCAGAGAUUAUCUUGGGCUUGGAGCACAUGCAUAAUCGAUUUGUUGUCUACAGAGACCUCAAGCCUGCCAACAUCCUCUUAGAUGAGCAUGGCCAUGUUCGCAUCUCUGAUUUGGGCUUGGCCUGCGAUUUCUCCAAGAAGAAACCACACGCCAGUGUGGGUACCCAUGGCUACAUGGCACCAGAGGUCCUGCAGAAAGGGACAGCAUAUGACAGCAGCGCUGACUGGUUCUCUCUGGGCUGCAUGCUGUUUAAACUUCUGCGAGGGCACAGUCCAUUCCGGCAGCACAAGACCAAAGAUAAACAUGAGAUUGACCGCAUGACGCUUACAAUGAAUGUGGAGUUGCCAGAUUCUUUUUCCCCUGAACUUAAGUCUCUGUUGGAAGGAUUGUUACAAAGAGAUGUGGCAAAGAGGUUGGGCUGCCAAGGUCGAGGGGCUCAAGAAGUGAAGGAACAUCUGUUCUUCAAAGGAAUCGACUGGCAGCAGGUUUAUCUCCAGAAGUACUCUCCGCCGCUGAUCCCUCCUCGGGGAGAAGUCAACGCUGCCGACGCCUUCGACAUAGGCUCCUUUGAUGAGGAGGACACCAAAGGCAUAAAGCUACUGGACAGUGAUCAGGAGCUAUAUAAGAACUUUCCUCUGGUAAUCUCAGAGCGCUGGCAGCAAGAGGUGGCCGAGACGGUGUACGAGGCAGUGAACAGUGACACAGACAAGAUUGAGGCACGCAAGCGAGCGAAGAACAAACAGCAGGGCCACGAGGAGGAUUAUGCAUUGGGCAAAGACUGCAUCAUGCACGGCUACAUGCUGAAGCUAGGCAACCCUUUCCUGACUCAAUGGCAGCGCCGAUACUUCUAUUUGUUCCCCAACCGUGUAGAAUGGAGAGGAGAAGGCGAGUCUAGGCAAAACCUUUUGACAAUGGAGCAGAUAGUGACUGUGGAGGAGACACAGAUCAAGGACAAGAAAUGCAUCCUACUGAGGAUCAAAGGAGGGAAGCAGUUUGUUCUGCAGUGUGAGAGUGACCCAGAGUUUGUGCAGUGGAAAAAGGAGCUGAACGAGGCAUUCACCGAAGCCCAGAAGCUGCUGCGCCGUGCUCCAAAAGUCAUCGGCAAGGGCAGGGCCGGUGUGGUGGAACUUUCCAAACCACCGCUUACACAUCGCAACAGCAAUGGCCUGUGAACCACCACCACCACCCCCCCCAUCAUUCUCUAUUCCUCCCUCGUACCCCCACCAACCCACCCACCCAUAACCCACAUAUUCUCACAAACAUCCACACACACACACACAUGCACUAUGUCACCUGUUCCUGUAUCACAAAAGCCCCCCAAUGUGCUCAUUCAGGCAUCUAAAGAUGAAACUCCACCACUGGAGGUUUCUGCUGGACCAUUUCCCAAUCGUUGCUGUUCUGUUCUUCAGACGCACACAUUUGCAACUUGACACGCUGGGGUGGUUACCACUCCAAGAUAAUGUUAAAGCACGAUUGAUGUCAGUGCUGAUCUAGGAGUAUAUGUUGACUAGUAUGAAGACUCAAGUGGGGCAGACUGAGACUUUCUGCCUUUUUUCCUGGACUUUUCUCCCCCGCUAAACCCCCACCCCCUCUUUUUGCGUCUGUGAAGCUCCUCAUCCAAGGCUUCCCCCCCCCCAGGCAUCAGCUGUCCUGCAGCCAGCCACACAUGUACAUAGACUGAAAUGUGAUGCUGUGGGGAGCUGAAUCCUAUGCCUUUUCCCUUUAUUCCUUCUGCUGUGAAUGUGUGGGCUGGACUUACCACUUUGGAGCUGUCUGUGUAAAGAUGCAGAUAGUAGAUCCUUACAUGCAAGAUAGUGUGCAGGAUGCUGUUGUAGGGCGGUAUUGAGAUCUCAGCAGUGCAGGCUGGUAGGACCUCUUUCUGUCUGCCUUAGGAAGUCACCUGAAGUUGAAUGAAAUUACAGCCUUGAAAAUAUGGAGAUAUAAUCAAAUGAAAGCAUGUCUCACAAAAUGGCUUUUAAGAUGUCCCUUCUCUUGUCUUGUCAUGGCCCUUUUUGGAUUAGCCGAGGCCACCUUAUUGAUUGGUCCAUUCGUUAAAGAUAUGCUGUCUGACCCAUCCUGUCAAUGUUGCUGACUCACAGUGUGACUUAAUAGAACCCAUCUUAGAGGUUUUGUGUUCUGCAAAUGGACCACAUAAAUGGAUGCUGAUUAGUGGACUGUGGUGGUUAGGUCAUUAGCCAUCGCACUCCCUCCCUCCUCUCUGCAGUGUUGCACUCUUUCAUGAGUUGAGAGUAAAUAAUGUGAGAUUGACAGAGGAUAAUUUUUGGUAUUCAGCUCCUGAGAGACCAAAUUCAGUUAUUGUGGCUGAGUGAGUGCUUGCAUGCAGUACUGUGUGUGUGUGUGUGUGUGUGUGUGUGUGUGUGUGUGUGUGUGUUUGUUCAUUCACAAGAAAAAGUUACUUAAAAGCAGGUGGCCCAUGCAAGUGUCAGCAGGAAACAUUCCCAUUUUCUCUUCUUCA